AUGCCGUCUCUAACGACUGACCAAAUCAAUGCGAUAACGCAGUCGGUCCACGACAACUUCGAGGCCCAAUUGUCGUACACGCAGCAACUCAUCAGGUUCGGCGGGCAGCGCGGCGAAGAAGGUGCUGUGCAAGACUUUGUAUUCGAUGCCUUUGCCACCCGCGGCUACGCUCCCGUCAAGUUCGACAUGGACGAGUCCGAGCUGGGGAAGCACGAGGGGGCGGGCAACUUCAGUCCGACGCACAGUCGAGCCCCGGUGGUCGUGGGCGUCCACAAGCCCAAGUCCCAGUGUGAGGGCGGGAAGAGCCUGAUCCUCAACGGGCACAUCGACGUCGUCCCCCUUGGGCCCGUGGACAUGUGGGCAGACGACCCGUACAGUGCAAAGAUUGAAGGCGACAAGCUUUAUGGCCGUGGUGCCGCCGACAUGCGCUCUGGCCACGCAAGCAACAUCUUCGCGCUCGACGCUCUCCGAAAGAUUGGCCUUCAACCUGCAUCGGAAGUCAUUAUCCAGUCUGUCCCCGAGGAGGAAUCUACAGGCAAUGGCACCAUGAUGACACAUCUGAAGGGCUACAAGGCCGACGCCGUGCUGAUCCCGGAACCCGUACAGGAGCAGCUUGUGCGGGCGAAUGUUGGCGUAUUGUGGUUUCAAAUCGAGGUCCGCGGUCGACCGGUGCACGUGAGGACCAUGGGAACGGGCGUGAAUGCGGUCGAUGCAUGCUGGGGAGUGGUUGGAGCAUUGAGAGAGCUCGAAGCAGAAUGGAACCAGCGACAUGUGAAGACGAAGUAUUUCGAGGAGGAAAAGCAUCCACUGAAUCUGAAUAUUGCAAUAGUCAAUGCCGGCGAUUGGGCAAGCUCGGUGCCUGCUUGGUGCAAAAUUGACUGCCGUAUUGCCAUCACUCCUGGCACAACGGCCAGAUCCGCUGCCGACGAAAUUGAAAAGAAGGUCGCAACGUACGCUGCAACGCACCCAUACCUCGGCAACAACCCUCCCAAGGUGAACUGGAACGGUUUCUUUGCGGAAGGAUAUACACUGGAGCCGGGAACUGAAGCGGAAAACAUUCUUCGCAAGGCUCAUAAGCAGGCGACAGGCAGCGAACUCACGACUCAGACUUCGACUGCGUAUCUGGAUGCUAGAGUGCACAGCUUGUACGACAAGAUUCCAGCGCUUGUGUAUGGACCGAUUGGUGCGGAUGUACAUGGCUUUGAUGAAUGGGUGAGCAUCGAAAGUGUAAAGAAAACAACGGUAGCCAUGGCCUUGUUCAUUGCGGAAUGGUGUGGAGUUGAAAAGAUAUAA